AUGAUGAGCCACAUGCUCCACUGCCGUGCCCGUCGUCAGACCAUCGAGAAAUCACGUCUUUCCACUGACGAUGAGCCGGCCGGUCUAUUCGUGACCCUCCAGCGCCGCUUCGAUUCGAGCGACUCGUCGACGCCGUCGUCGCCCACCUCGGCCAUGAUCGCCUCGCCGCUGAGUCCGGCCGUCCGUUUUUUCAGUGGGUCUUCCUCAUCUCCCUUCGCAUGCGCGACAUCUGGCUACGGGCCCGCCCUCGGACAUCACCUAGGAGAAACGACCGCCACUUCAUUCUUCGAGAGUGCUAGCAACGUGCUCAGCAAGCAG